UGCGGUCCGGGCGGGGAUGCAAGGGGGCCCCCCGCGCCCCCCACCAUGGCAGCCUCAGGAGCCCCGGAGGAAUGUGACAUUCUGAUCGUCUUCAGCCAGGACGCAAGAGAGUGGUCCCAGUACCUCCAAAAAGUCUUCCAGUCGAGCCGGCAGGUGCGCCACCAACCCGUCCUGACCUACGAGCUGAACGCCGGCGAGGCCAUCGCCACAGAGGACUUGAGCUUCUUCGCCAAGAGUCGCUGCAUCGUCGUGCUCCUGUCCGCCGAGCUGGUGCGGAGCUUCUACCGGCCGGCCGUGCUGGGCGGCCUCCGGUGGGCCCUCCGGCCCCCGCACAGGGUGAUCCGCCUGUUCUGCGGGGUGGACGACUCGGAGGAUUUCCCGGCCUUCUUCGAGGACUGGGCCCUGUGGCAGGAGCUCACCUACGACGACGAGCCCGAGGCCUACGUGGCCGCCGUGAAGAAGGCCAUCUCCGAAGAUUCUGGCUGCGACUCGGUCACGGACACGGAGCCCGAGGACGAGAAGACCCCCCGGUAUUCGAGGCAGAUUGCUUCAAGUCCGCAGCAGCAGGUCCCGCUCUUGGCCAGCAGCCCCGCGGGGACACCGAUGGUGGUCCAGCCGGCUCGGAUCCGCUGUGGGGCCCAGACCACAGUUUACGUUAUCGUGAAAUGCAAGCUGGAUGACCGGGUCAAGACGGAAGCCGAGUUUGCUCCCGAGAGCUCCCCGUCCGUGCGAGUGACCGCCAGGCUGGAGAAUGAGUACACCGUCGCCAUUGAGGCCCCCGACUUAACGUCCGGGGAAGUUUCCCUGAGAGUCUACUCGGGCGAUCUGGUGGUAUGUGAAACCAAUAUCAGCUACUACACCGACAUGGAAGAAAUCGGAAAUUUACUGGCCGGUGCGGCUAAUCCCGUGGAGUUCAUGUGCCAGGCUUUUAAAAUCGUUCCCUACAAUCUGGAAACCUUGGACAAGCUGCUCACGGAGUCCCUGAAGAAGAACAUUCCCUCCAGCGGGCUGCACCUGUUUGGAAUCAACCAACUGGAGGAGGAAGAUAUGAUGAGAAACCAAAGGGAUGAGGAGCUGCCUACGUUACUUCAUUUUGCUGCAAAGUACGGACUGAAGAACCUGACCGCCCUGCUGCUCACAUGUCCCGGAGCCUUGCAAGCCUACAGCGUGGCCAAUAAGUUCGGCCACUACCCCAACACGAUCGCCGAGAAGCAUGGCUACAGGGACCUCAGGCAGUUCAUCGACGAAUAUGUGGAAACCGUAGACAUGCUGAAGAGUCACAUCAAGGAGGAACUGAUGCAAGGAGACGACGAUGACUCCGUGUACGAGUCGAUGGCCCACCUCUCCACAGACCUGCUCAUGAAAUGCUCCCUCAACCCCGGCUGUGACGAAGAGCUGUACGAGUCCAUGGCUGCCUUCGCUCCCGCCUCGACGGAAGAUCUCUAUGUUGAGAUGCUUCAGUCCGGUGCCUCUAACCCAGCCUCAGGAGAUUCUGUCCCUCUGACCACCAAGGAUUCAAUGAUCCGCAAGUUUUUGGAAGGCAACAGCAUGGACGGGGCCGACGUGGACAGCGAGCUGUAUCCCCCGGGCGAGAAUGAAGACGUUUACCACAUGGUGAACGAAGACAACAGCUUUCCUGUGGAGCUGGCCCACAGGCCCCCCGUCCCGGUGCCCAGGCCGGAGGCCAGCGUCCAGUCCAGCCCCCAAAUGGGCCUGGAUGAACCCUACAUUUCCAAAGUGUUUGGAGAGAGAAAUCGAGAAAGGCCUGGAAACCUGUACACGUCGGCAGAGAGCAUGAGGGCAGAACCAGCCGUCAGGCCUACAAGAGACAGACCCCAGUCAAGCAUAUACGACCCAUUUGCUGGGAUGAAGACUCCCGGUCAGCGGCAGCUCAUUACCCUACAGGAGCAAGUGAAACUCGGCAUCGUCAAUGUGGACGAGGCCGUGCUCCAUUUCAAGGAAUGGCAGCUCAAUCAGAAGAAGAGAUCAGAGUCAUUUCGCUUUCAACAGGAAAAUCUCAAACGACUGAGGGACAGCAUUACCCGAAGACAGAAGGAGAAGCAAAAGUCAGGGAAGCACCCCGACAUAGAAAUCACCGUCCCCAUCCGGCACUCCCAGCAGUUUGGCGGGAGGGUGGAAUUUGGGGUCUACGAAAGCGGCCCCAGAAAGAGCGUCUUCCCUCAGAGGAAGGAGCUAAGGCGGGGAGAUUGGAAGACCGAAAGCACCUCGAGCACAGCAAGUAGCGCCAGCAAUCGAUCGAGUACCCGCAGCAUCCUCAGCGUCAGCAGCGGGAUGGAGGGAGAUAAUGAGGACAACGAAGUUCCGGAAGUCAACAGGAGUCGCAGCCCAGUAUCCCAGCCCAGUGACAGAUCAUCCUUCUUGUCUCUCGAGAGGCCUCCGAGGAUCCCUCCCCGAGCAGCUUCCAACAGGCCACCAUCAAGGGAUAGCUUUCUCCCUCCUCCUCCUAUUCCACCAAGAGGUCGCUGAUCCUUUCAAGAUCUUCCUACGGUGGGACACUGGAACACUGCUUAUUAAAAACUGGUCUCCGCUUAGAGGAGAAAAGCCGGUGGUUUUUCAGUACUUCGUGGAUAUAGUCGUGUUGACUUUCCUGAGAUCUCCCAGAUUUGGACUGAUUUUAUCUGCUGAUACUAACAUACUGCUGUGAGAACUGGCGUUCCUCAGCCACGAAGAACUGAGGAACCAACAAUUUCCCCCAUCACCGGCAAACCUGACGGGGAUAAAUAUUUUUGUUUGAUCAAAGCCGGAAGAUCGGCCUUGUUCUGAGGGUGCGGAAAAGGAAGAGGAUUUUUUUUUUCAGAAGUGUACUUUAUAAAAUAGUUUUCCUGAAAUGUCUUUACCAUAUCACCUCAGGAUUCUCAUAGCCAUGGGAUCAACCUCAGGCCACGUGGGGCUUAUUGUUGGCCAGGGGGAUGAUUUGUGUGGAUUCCUUACAGCAGGGCAUGAAGGAGAUCGUUGGUGAUCUUUGAGAGCGCAGGAUCUUUGGAGCGAAGGGGGCAGAAGCGGGAUUGGAGAGGGGGGUCAAGGAGAGAAUUGAAGUCUUCCACUUUCAAGGAGAGGAAGUGGAGAGAGUAGGUUUGAGUCCAUCAGAGCUUAAUCACAGUAGAAGGAGCCGUGAGCCUGGGGAAGUGGAGGGGAGGUUGCAAUAAGCACCCUUAUUUGCGGGGCUUUUGGGUGAUCCGACCUUGCAUGAAGGAGGCCCUUCCACUUGACCUUCCACUUGGUGAGGUCAUUAUGUGGGUGGAGAAAGAGAAACCCUGGGAACUCACGGGAGAGGGAGGUCAUGGGUUCUAAUCCCGGCUCCGCCGCUUGUCAGCUGUGUGACUUUGGGCAAGUCACUUCACUU